AUGAAGUAUAUUCAAACUGAUCAGAUCUUAGAUAUCCCAGAAGGUGUUACUGUUGAAAUCAAAGCCAGAGUCAUCAAGGUUACUGGUCCAAGAGGUGAAUUGACCAAGAACUUGAAACACAUUGAUGUUACUUUCACAAAGAUUUCAAACAGGGCUAUUAAGAUUACUGUGCACAAUGGUAACAGAAAACACGUUGCUGCUUUGAGAACCGUUAAAUCUUUGAUUGCCAACUUGAUUACCGGUGUUACCAAGGGUUACAAAUACAAGAUGAGAUUUGUUUAUGCGCAUUUCCCAAUCAAUGUCAACGUUGUUGAAAAUGACGGUUGUAAAUUUGUUGAAAUUAGAAACUUUUUGGGUGAAAAGAGAGUCAGAAGUAUUAAGAUCACUGAAGGUGUUACAAUGGAAAUAUCAACUGCCCAAAAGGAUGAAUUGAUUGUUACAGGUAACUCAUUGGAAGAUGUUUCACAAAACUGUGCUGAUAUCCAACAAAUUUGCCGUGUCAGAAACAAGGAUAUCCGUAAGUUCUUGGAUGGUAUCUAUGUUUCCGAAAAAGGAACAAUUGUUGAAGAAGUAUAA